CCUGUCACUGCCUAGCUGACAUGAAAAAUGAAAAUCCAUAAAUUUAGGACUAUGGAUGAAGACAAAAAUUCAGGCCAAGAGAAGAAGCCUAAGAAAGGCCUUUUAAAAAAACACAAAUCGGAAAGAACGAGUCCAAAGUCGGCCAAAUUCGACGAAAUGAACAUUCUGAGCACACUUCAUCCUCCUAAUAAAGAUUAUGGUCACAUGAAGGUAAAUGAGCCUAAGACACCUUAUAACCGCGAGUCUGAAGAAGAAACCCAUUUAGAUCCAUCACAAUUGGCAGAAAAGAUGGAAGACGCAGCAAAAGUUUUGCCCAAAGCUUUGACUGAAGCUGAUGAAGAAGGAGAUGAUAGUAGUGAUGAUGACUUAACAGAAGAAGAGAGAGAAAGGAGGAAACAGUUUAUAAAAAGAAGAAAGGAGCAUUAUAAGGAGUUCCAAGCUAUGCUAGCAGCUAAAAAGAUGUUAGAACAGGCAGAUGAUGAUGACGAGACUGAUGCCGGGACGAGCUCAAGUAAGAAAACCGUUAUUGUAUAGCGACUAAGUGACCACAUGAAACAUGAACUUAAUAGAACUGUUUUUAAGAAGUGAGUUUCUCUUCUGCUUUCAAUGGCCAUGUGAACAUCGUCUCUUCCUAAUCGGAGCAUUAUACUUUUCCAUGCUUUAAUACAGGUCUGUUUCCGAUGAUGGCGCAAUGCAAGCCCAUUCACGUCGUGUGCUGUUCGCUAUACUAGCGCUUACAGCCAAACUUUAGUAUAGCGCACGGUGUAUGCGGUCUAGUGUUGUGUCAUCUCUUGAUACAUAGGCCAUCUUUACACGGUAGGCAGCCAAGCGCUUACAGUAUAGUGCAUAGCAUCGGUGCAAAGGGUACAGCAUUUACGCACAAAACAAUGGUCCUCUCCAAAUGUGUUAAGACAAAACAGCACGAAUCUGUGGUUAGCUUGUCAUGGUGUCAACAUGGUCAAUUUGUAGUAAUUUUGAAUGAAAAUAAGAAGUACGUGGGCUUAUAUGUGGGAACCUACUUACCCUCUGCAACUUG